AUGGCGGGCGAAAAUCCGGCCCAGUCCAUUGCAAUGGUAGGCGCUGCAGGAAAGCUCUUUGGUGUCCAUUUGAACGAUGGCCACAGCCGCUUGGGUGCAGAGGAUGGUUUGGUCUUUGGGUCGGUGCAUCCGACCAUGGCGCUGGAGCUGGUCGUGUGGCUGAAGCGUGUGGAGUACCAAGGGGCCAUCUACUUCGAUACCUUCCCUCACAAUGAGGAUCCGGUGCGGGAGGCUGAGCUGAACAUCCGCCGCUUCGAGCGCUUGGAGCGGCGGGCGCAGCAGCUGGAGUCGCAGUUGAAGCCGCUGCAAGCGAGACACGAUGCCAUGGGUGUCUUAGAGCUCUUGGAGUAA